UUGAGCUAAUUUUCCUCCAGUACCAGGAUGUAAACACUCAACAUGGCGUUAAGAGCGAAGGCCUGCAGGCGCCGCUCAAACCUCCAGAGAGCUGCUGUAAUGGAGCGGCGCCUCGCGAGCGACACGAAGCAGGCGGAGGUUAAAACAUUCUGUUCAGGAUGUGGAACCAGCAUCAAACCGCUGCGGCGCGGCGCGGCGCCGGGCGGCCCGCCCCGCGGCGCCGCAUCACUCAUUCUGACGGCUCAGGAAUAAAUUAACGACCAUAAAUAUAAACUUAAAACUACAAAUGCACUAAAAUAUUUAAAAAGCAAAUAAAUUAAAAAGAUAAACAUAUAAAAUACACAGUAUGAGUUAAUAAAAAUAAGCAAAGCUUCUAUAAGAAUGAACAAUUUUAUAGGCUUAGUGAGAUAUGUCUGAUUUAUUAGAACAAUUAAAACAAAAGCAUUAGGUUUUUAUCAGAUUAUUUAAUAAAACAUGAAAAAUUAAAUAAUUUUAUCAGAAAAUGUUUGUAUUUCUGAUAAAUGGACCUGAAAUCUGUUUAUAUAAAACAGUAAUAAAAAAAAUAAAUAAAUUGUUCCUAGAAUUAAAAUAAUGAAAAUAAAUUAAAUGUAUUUAAUUCUUUUCCCCUGUUAAUCGGUGGCUGCAGUAAAACCUUAUUUUGGCGCAAAUUGUAAUAAAAGUCAAUAUUUUUGUUAAAUUAAUCAAUUAUCUGAUCAUUAAGCAGAACUUAAAUUAGUAUUUAGUUGUUUUCCGUUUUAAUUUGUUGGAUUAUUUUACCAGAAUGUUCUGCAGUUUCUCCGCCCCGUCGAUCCCGAUCAGGUGAAACGGAUCCGUCGGGUCGCUGCUGCUGCAGAUCCACGCGUCUUAUUGUGAAAGGACAACGAACCCAAACUGCUGCAGCAGAACGUGAAACGCGGCCGCAUUCAAUCACAGACGUCAGCUCUGCCUCUGCGGUGGGAACCGAAACGUCCGGGUUCUGUUUCCUCUUUGUUGGGACUUUUCAACCCGAACGCAACAACAUCAAUUAGCCAGAACCGACGCCUGCGGACUCUUUAAACUUCUUCUCUCCCAGAGAAAAUGUGUGUUUACAGUUUCCAGGCUGUGUGUGGAGGAUUAUGGUAAUAACAGGCUGCCGGGCCGCGCUGGUGGGCGGGCGGGUCCGCGGACCCUUAUCAGCGCGUUGCAGCGGUUCUUCACCUUGAUUCUCUGCUUUAUCACCAAAACCAGACGAAGACGCUUCUGGAAGCCCAAACGAUCUGAUGCUAUCAGCGGCGGCUCUUAUCUUCACCCAGGUUUGCAGGAAACGACCCAGAAGCGGCGAGAGGCGGCGCUGACCUUCAGGCUGGAGAGCAGGACCGGGUUCUUCUGCUGGUUCUUCUGCAGGAUGGGCUGAAGCCGUCCGGUUUCCAAGGAGACGGCAGGCGGAGGGGUAGUGAGCCCACACACGCUGCGCUCUCGCUCACCGCUGGACGGAGCGUCUCUGCUCAACUUCCUCCAGAUGUUUGGCUGCAUCAGGAUCGCUUCAGUCCGGCGGAGCGGCGAGGGACGCCGCCGCUUUAAGAGCACUUAAUUAAGAGUCAAUGAUCACCAAUUGAGCCAUUGAGCCGGCGCAUCCAGAUUUCCAGCCUCAGCUGCGUCCGUCACGCUCCGCGCUCACGUCUCUCUCCUCCCGCUGGAGGAAUUAUCUCCUCGUGUCCGGGGGGGUAAAACAUGCUGUCCGCCGCCGUUCAGAUCCUGGCGUUCGCCCUGGCGCUGCUGGGCGUUCUGGGCGCCACCGUGGCGACGCUGCUGCCCAACUGGAAGGUGAGCGUGAACGCGUGGAGCAGCAUCAUGACCCCCAUCUCUCAGAUGCAGGGUCUGUGGGCGGACUGCGUGUGGUACAGCUCCGGCGUCUUCAGCUGCACCAUGAAGGACUCGGUGCUGUCGCUGCCGCCGUCGCUGCAGAUGAUGCGGGCCGGCAUGGUUCUGUGCUGCAUGGUGGCGGCGUUCGGGCUCUGCCUCGGCUCUCUGGGGCUCAAAUGCACCCGGUGGGGCGGCAGCCAGCGGGCGAAGGGCCACACGGCGAUGGCGGCGGGCGGCUGCUUCGUCCUGGCCAGCCUGCUCUGCCUGGUUCCGGCGGCGCUCUUCACCAACGAGGUCAUCACCGCCUUCCUGACCACCGACCUGCCGGACAGCAGCAAGUACCAGCCCGGCGGCGCGCUCUGCGUCACCUUCAUCGCCGCCGGGUUCCUGCUGGCCGGGGGAGUCAUCUUCUGUCUGUCCUGUCCGGGAAGCGGGUCCGCCGGACCGGACAGCGUCUCCAACUCCGACUCAAUCAGGCUGGAAAGGAGGCAGGAGCUGAAAGUGGAACCCAAACAGAAGAAGAAGAAAAGCGUGCGGCUGCAGACGGAUGAGGUGAAGCAGGAGAAAACGGUUCUGGACCGGCAGAAAGUCCCACAGAAAGACCUGAAGGACAACUACAGCCUGCAGGAGUACGUCUGACGCCGAGGCGGAGGGGAAAUGUGGCGUUCAGGCGUCUGAACUGGGGGAGGUGUGUGUGUGUGUGUGUGUGUGUGUGUGUGUGUGUGUGUGUGUGUGUGUGUGUGUG